CAGAUUGUGUAAAUAAUUUGAAGUACUUACAGUUUAUACAAAAAAACUACCCGUAUGACAUGAUCAUAGAGACCGAUUCUUAUCUCUCUUUGAAAAGUCUUGAAACCAGCACGAAAGGCUCCUUAUCUGUACAAAUACGAACAGCAUUAACUGGCCAAUCAAGAGACGUCUCGUUGACUACGUCACAGACAAGCUGAGUUAAACACCAUCUUCAUCUCUCAAUUAGAUCGACUCGUCUUAUCUCAUCUUAUCACAUCACAUCGCUCGUCUCUCAUCUUCAUCUCUCUCUCUCUUCAUCAUCAUCAUCAACAUCCUCUAGAACAAAAACUUACCGAUUCAAAUAAAACUAUCCCAAUCUCUCCUAAUUUUUCCUUGUUUUAACACAAUUUGGGGUUCCACCUUUGUGAAGAAAUUUCGGCAAAAUUGAUCGUCAAGUGGUGUUUAGUCGCUCUGGUAGCAUGAUGGAUUACUCGUCAUACCUGGGUCAAAAUGCCUAUGAUUCGUGUCUAGGCGGGGUGGAGGGUGCCGGGUUGGGUAUCCCGACUUCUUAUGGAGAGUUCCCUGGUUCUGUGAGUUCUCAACCAGCCCAAGCCUACCCCUACAGCAGCCUGAGACCAUCGGUUGGCUACGGAACAGGAGCAGGCAGCAUGGCCGGUACAUGCAACCUAGCAUCGAUGAUGGAGCACCAGCAAAUGUCACAAUGCUCGCCGUAUUCCAGUGCCGGUAUGCCGUACAUGCACCGAAUACUCCACGAGGGUUCGACCACCUCUAACGGUCUGCACGAGAAGAGGAAACAGCGCCGCAUCAGGACAACAUUUACCAGUGCACAGCUCAAGGAGCUCGAGAAAGCCUUUAAUGAGACCCAUUAUCCGGACAUCUAUAAACGAGAGGAAUUAGCCUUGAAGACUGAUCUAACUGAAGCCAGGGUACAGGUAUGGUUCCAAAACAGGAGGGCAAAAUUCAGGAAAACAGAACGUGCCAAUGCUGCAGCAACUUCUAACAACAACAACAAUAGCACCAGCAACAAUAACAACACCACCACGAACACCAACAACAGUAGCAGCAACACUAACAAUAGCAACACCACUAGCAACAGUAGCAACAGCCCAGCCAGCGGGACAACAACCGGAAGUACACUGACCAACGGCACGACUGGGUCAACGGGUCAACAGCAUGGUGGUGUUGGUCAGUUGUCUCAGACCGGUGGUCAAGCGAAGACGAGUGGAGGAGCAGUGUCUCCUGUGAAGAAGAAAUCACUGAAGGCCGAAGAUUUGUCACCUGUAGCGCCCACUACCGUCGGAUCUAUGACCAGUGUUAGUUCGUCUGCUUCAUCAGUUACCCAUUCCUCAUCAACCAACUCGUCUGUCUCAAGUCAUUCAUCUCAGCAUCCCUCAUCGCACUCCCACCCGACGUCCCACCCGACCUCUCACUCACAGCUGACCAGCGGUGGUUCAUGGGCGGCUGCAAACUCCGCCUCGGCCGCUACUCAUCCCGCUCUCCAUAGUCCAUACUCCACUAUAUUCCCCUCGGCAUCAGCACUGCAACACGCCGCCACUGCCCCGGUUGGACAUGGUCAAAUUAAGACCUCGCACGCCAAAGCCACCUCACAUUCGAGUCUGUUUUCGUUGAACUAUUGAAGUCAUGAGGAGGGAUUUUGUUAGUAUGUGCUAUUUUCUCACCUCUUUUCUAUCGGAAUUCGGCUAUUCGCGAU